UCAAGAGGAAGAAGACGAAGAUCAUCACAAAUUCACAAACAAAACAAAAUGGAAGUUCUAAUUCCAAUUGUCUGUUUUGGAGCAAUUUCCCCAUUAAUAAUCUCUUCAUGUUCUAAAUGUGCCGAGCGUUUUAAAGACGAAAUGGAACACACACUAAAAUCAUCUUUCGAUCAAGCUGUAAACGGAGCCACAAGGAAUCCGAUCAUCUCCUCCGCCGUCGCCGCCGCCGCCGCCCCUUUUCAAAACCCACAAGAAUCCCAAACGGAAAAACUCCUCAAAGAAGUCGCCGGAGAAAACCCACAAAGGUACAAUCCAACCCAACUUCUUUCAUUAACCAAAAACUACUCUCAAAUCUUAGGCUCUGGCGGGUUCGGUAAGGUUUAUCUAGGUGAAUUCUCAAACGGACUUAAAUCCGCCGUUAAAUUACUAAACCCUAGCUUCAACCAACAACAAGCCGAGGAACAAUUUUUAUCUGAAGUCACCACCAUAGGAAGAACCCAUCAUUUUAACCUAGUUAAGCUAUACGGUUUUUGUUAUGACAAAACCCUAAAAGCCCUAGUUUAUGAAUACAUGGAGAAUGGAUCUUUAGAUCAUCACUUGUUUGUAGAUACUAAAACUAUCGGUUGGGACCAAUUAUAUUCGAUUGCUCUUGGAACUGCAAAAGGGUUAAGAUAUUUACACGAAGAAUGCCAACGUAAGAUCAUCCAUUACGAUAUAAAACCCGCAAACAUUCUUCUCGAUUCGAGUUUCAAACCGAAGAUUGCGGAUUUCGGUCUUGCGAAACUGUCGAAUCGAGAAGAUACCCAUGUCUCAAUUAGUGGGUAUAGGGGUACCCCGGGAUAUUCGGCUCCAGAGAUGUUUAACUUAAAUUAUCCUGUAACUGAUAAGUGCGAUGUAUAUAGUUUUGGGAUGUUACUUUUCGAGAUACUAGGAAGGAGGAAGAAUGUGGUGAUAUCAUCUUCGUCGUCCGAGAAUGUGGAUUGGUUUCCUAAACGUGUUUGGGAUAAAUACGAAGAGGGGGAAUUGGCGACGCUUGCGAUUGAUUGUGGGAUCGAAGAGAGGAAUAGGCAAAAUGUUGAGAGGUGUGCGAUGAUAGCUAUGUGGUGUGUGCAAGAUUCGCCGAGUUUGAGACCUCCUAUGAGUAAUGUGGUUAGGAUGUUAGAAGAUGGAGUUGAAAUCAUGCCUCCUCCAAAACCAUCUCAUUACCUAUUCUCUUCUACGAUGAAAAGAGGACAAAUCACCGAAAGCUCGAGUUCGGGUGAUACUUGGUAUAAGGAGACGACAACAACAGCAAGUAUGGGUAAUUCAAGUUCAUCGCUAGAAAGAAACUCUUAAGAUAUGUUCAUUGUUUUGUUGUUGAUAAUUUGUCUAAAUUCUAUUCUUGAAAGCCUUUCACAUGUUAUAUGGAAAAUUUAAUUGAAAUUGAAUAUUAUGGGGUGUUUAGUU